AAAAUUCUUAAAACACCGUAUUAAAUAAAUAGUAAUAUUACUUUAUUUUACCUUUUUUGUCAAGGAACAAAAUAGGUAAAAAGAGUAUAACAACUAAUAAGCCACUAAUUUUAUAAAUUAACUAAAUUAAGGCCCUAAAACUAGGGCUUUUCGCCUGUAAUAUAUCUGAAAUGAAACCAAAGCCAAACUAAGCAAGAUGUAUUGCACCAAAGAUUGCACCUGCAGCCUGUGUCGCGAGUUGCGUGGCUACAAGCCCAGUGGCAAGAAGGCGUCACCUGCCGGACCCACUUUGCUCAGCAGGAUGCUGAAUGACAAUUUCAUCCUGCGACGACGGGGCAUCUCCCUCAAGAACUUCCAGCCGCAAUCGCUGAGGAACAGCGAGAUGCUGGCCCAACAGAUGCCGGUGCCACGCCCCCCGCAAACGCCGUCGCCCACGCCAAUUGAAGAGCUGCCCGACUGGGCCAACGAAGACUCUUCGAGGGCGAAGAAGCCCAACCACAAGGUGGUCAUAUACUUCGGAGACUCGAUUAAUCGGGGCCAGCAAUCGCCACUGCCCUCGCCCAAGGAACUCCACUCGCAGCUGCUGCAAGAGAUGUCCCAGAAACUGAAGACCAGCGUUGUGGAGGAGGAGGGCUCAGCGAAGCAGGAGAAGAUGGUGGCGGCACCGGAGACAGCCCCGCCAGCGGAUGACGAACUGCCGCCCUACAUUGAGAGCGUGCAGAAUGGCGUAAUUAAUAUCAGAAUUGAAGGCAAUUACCGGCGAGCCAGUGCGCUGGUGGAAACGGUGGCGAAACCCACUCUGGCCGUCGUGGGUCCAACGAAAUCCGAUGCAGCCGCCGGUGAUAAUGACGAUGGUAAUGAGGAUGAUGAUAGCGACGACCCUGGCCAAGAUGAGGCGGAGACGGAUUCGUGCGACUGGAGCUACGUUCAGGAGUGGCGGAGGGCCGCGAAACGACCAACUGGCAACUUGCCUACAAACUUUGGCCAGCAUCCGGCCCCCAGCCAGAUGACCGGCUUGCCACCCGUGCCCCCGCCACAGUUGCAAUCGCCGCCUCACCAGCAGCACCAACAACCCCUCUCACAGACGCCCCUGACGCCACAGAAGGGUUUGGCUGUGGCAAUGGCAACUCCUGCUCCUCGAGUCUUCAAGGAGCUGGCUCAGCAGCCAAACAAGGGGAUACCCCACAAGGUGGUGACCACCUUCAGUGCCGGACAGGUGAGCUCGUCCUGUAAGAUGCCGUCACCGGUGUCUGCCUCGAAGGCAGUGAUUCCACAGCGCGCGGUGGCAGGACCCGCACGGCUGACCGUGCAGAGUACGCCCGUGAAAUCGCAGCCACCACAGCUGAGUGGGAGUCUAGGCCAGAGCCAAGUCUCGCCCAGCCGACCCACUCUGGGAAUUCCCACGACAACGGGGAACCCCACACCAGCCAGGACCCACCAGCAUGAUCAGUUCCGGGCAAUGCAGCGGGUGCAGGAGUGCCACAGUUCCUCGGACGAGAACCGAAGCUCCGGACACGCCAGCAUGUCGGAUACAGGGGGCCACAGUUCAUCGCCAGCAGGUGGAAUGACUUUGGGUCCGCUGCCCGAAGAUCGCCUUGCUGCCGGAGUGACCAACAGAAGCACUCGUUCCCGGCGACAUCGUGGCAUCAUGCCAGCCGGAAAAGCUCCUUGGAGCGGAACCGGGCUGGAGGACAUCAAGCUGGCCAUGCUCACACUGCGGUCCCAAACUAGCAGCAGCACCUACAGCAGCUUGAGCGCUGGAUCGGAGAGCUCGGAACCCGCCCGCCGUUUGGGCAGAUACUCCUCCUUGGAGACUGUGGUUACAAGCACCAGUGCCGAUGAAUUCGUGUGGGUUGAUUCGCACAACAGGCUGGUGGAGCUACAGCAUCCGCCCUGGAGUCAGCAGUGCAUCCUGAGGGUUCUAAGAAACGGCCGAUGCCAGCAGAAGGCUGAGCAACUAGCCGUUGAGGCGGUGUCCCGCUUGGGCUAUUUGCUGCAGCGGGCACUGGUGAGGAUCGCCCGCGAAAUCCAGCGAUUCUCCGCGGGGGUUGGUCUAUGCUCCAAACAGGAGGUGGCCGGAGCCCUACGGGUGGUGCUCAGCUCCUCUCUGGCGGAUUCCUGCACAAAGGCGUGCCUUAGAGCCGCAGCCAUGUUCGCGGUUCCCGGGGAAAGUGCCCUGAAGCAGAGCAAAUCCGCCAGAGCGGGACUUCAGUUGUCCGUUGGUCGCUUCUACCGCUGGAUGACGGAUGCCAGGCUGGGAAAGUUCAUCCACGAAUAUGCUGCGGUGUAUCUGUGCGCGGGCAUCGAAAAUCUCCUAGAGGAGAUAGCCUUGCAGUGCAAUGGAACAACAGCGGCCGCCUUGGAUCAAAGUAUAAGUUCCAGCGAAGUGUGGGGACUACUCCAACCAUUUGCCCAUCUGAACGCGGGGCGAGUAGCCAGUGGGGCGUUGGCUGUGCCCAGAUGGGCCAGUUCCUUGGAUCAAAGUAUAAGUUCCGGAGAUUUUUGGGGUCACCUGGCCACCUGUGUGGGAAGUAUCAGGGAGCUUAAAGAGAAAGCUCUGCGCACCCAACAGGAGUUCCAAUUAGCCGCCGCCCUUUCCGGAUCCGCUCUGGCGGCUCUUUUCUACUUUAUGCGGUGCUCUCAACUGGAGCACACGGAACUUCUCGCCGCUUCGGGCUGCAAUUCUGGCCAGGCCCAGGCAGCUCCACCGGGAGCUGGAGCUCCAUCUGCGGGCCAUCAUGUCCAAGAGUUGUGCUACGAGAGGGCGUAUGUGGUGCUGCCCCCAUUGGCCGAGUGGCUGAGAGUGGCCUCCGCUCAUGCUGAGCACCGGAGUUCCCUGAUGAUCGACAAGGACGACGUGAUGCAGGCUGCAAGACUGCUGCUUCCAGGAGUGGACUGUCCCAUCAGACCGGUGGCCCAUGACGAGGAGUUGCCUACGAAAAAGACUCACUUCAACAAUCCUCCCACUUCAAGUUCGACAGGAACGGGAAGCAGCAGCUGCAGUUCGCCGGUGGUCAGCGGGAUUGGAAUUGGAAUCGGAGAGGACACCUCCGAACUGGGUAGACGUGCCACCAUCGGAGUAGCCUUCAAGCUUCUUCUGACUGGUCGGGCGGAACUGUUGGCCCAGGCUGCCCAGCUCCUACCGCCAACCACUCGCUACGAUACCCAAAACAGUGCCGGACUAACCGCUCUAAUGAUCGCCAGCAUCCGGAAUGACGAGGUGGCGCUGCACGCCCUCCUGGACGCCGGAUGCGAUCCGAACGUGGAGGUGCCUCCUGCUGGAAGCGCUGGCCACCCAGCCAUUCAGGCGGAUACCCAACACUGGACGGCUCUUUGCUUCGCAGCUAGCCGGGCCAACUAUGUGGCCUUGAGGAUCCUCUUAGAAAGAGGCGGAAAAGUCGAAGGCGGUGCCAGGAGUAGCGAGGAGAAGUGCACGCUUACCCCUCUUCAGUUGGCUGCCGGUACAGGCAAUUUGGAGAUCGUGGCCUUGUUGUUGGCCCACGGCGCCAACGCCUUUUUGUCCACGCAGCAGAAGGAUUCACUGUGCUUUGCGGGAUCUGCCCAGAAAGGCUGCUUUUGCGCCAUUUCCGUGGCAGCUGCCCAUGGACAUCGGUCAUGUCUUCGUAAAUUGCUCACCCAUCCUGUUUCCCCCGGAACUAGGGAUGUGCUCUCCCUUGAGGAGAUGCUGGCCGAAGGCGAUGUGGGUGGUGUGAGAGGAGCAGGUGGCUCCUCUGGCGGACCAAGUAAUGGUAGUGCCAGUGGAAACAACGAGGAUUUGCUGCCUCUUCUAAAUAAGACGCAGAUCAAGCGACUCCAGGAGGCCAUGUACCACAGUGCCGAGAAUAAUCACUUGGAUAUAACCAUUGAGCUGCGAAAACUGGGUGUUCCCUGGACUCUGCACUGCUGGAUGCACGCCCUGUCAGCUGCCCACGACUUGCGCCUGGAUGCGGUCAUAGACCAGUUGCUCCAGGACUUCCUCCAGGUGUGUCCCGACGACUACAGUGCCCAGUUUGUGAGCGAGUGCCUGCCCCUGCUGUUCAACAUUUUCCGAAACAAGAACGAGGGCACCACUCUCCUGCUUGCGGACAUCUUCGCCACCUGCUUCGGCUGGGAGACACUGCCUCCGGUGAAGGAACAACCACCCAUGCAACCCGUCCAGGGAUCUCGCAUCGACCCCAAGUUCGUCAACAACCCGGAGCUGAGCGAUGUGACCUUUAGAGUGGAAGGAAAGAUCUUUUACGGACACAAGAUUGUCCUGGUCACUGCCUCGCCCCGCUUCCAGAGCAUGCUGAGCUCUAAGUUAAGUGAGGCCAAUUCGACGCCCACGGUGCAGAUCAACGACAUCCGCUACCACAUCUUCCAGCUGGUGAUGCAGUUCCUCUACUGCGGCGGCUGCAGCUCCUUGGACGUUGCCCACGGAGAUGUACUCGAGCUAAUGGCUGCGGCCAGCUUCUUCCAGCUGGAGGGGCUGCUGCGCUACACGGAAGCACGAUGCUCGGAAAUGGUGGAUGUGGACAACGUGGUGGCCAUGUACAUUCACGCUAAGGUUUACAAUGCCAAUCGCCUGCUGGAGUACUGCCAGUGUUUCCUGCUCCAGAACAUGGUGGCCCUGCUAACCUACGACGACUCCGUGAAGCGCCUGCUCUUCGCCAAGAAGAUCCCCAACCACGACGUGCUCGCCGGACUGCUGCAGACGCUCCAGAACCGUUUGAAGACCCGAAAACCCAAUUCGGGCGGCGGCCUGGUCAACUAUCGAUCGCCCCCGGCCACACCCUUCAAAAAGUGAAAGGGCCGCACACCCACUUCCCCGACAGAAUCCAAUUCUUAUUUAUUGCAUUGUUUUUAAUUUAAUCUUUGAGCUUUUAUGUAUUAUAAUAACUCCCCGCCCCACCCCGACCUCCCUGCCCCCAUCCUUAGUCGUAUUUUUGUAUUCUCAAUUUGUUCAGCGCACUGUUAACCUUUACGAACCCCAGGAUGGUCCGCCGGAUGGCUGGCGGUCCUCUAGCUAUUAUUUUGUAGUUGAAAUUGUUUCUGCAUUAAAUGAAGAAAGUAAACAUUAA